AUGGUGGUGGCAGGGGAGAUCCGGACGCGCCUGGUUGAGUAUGGCAAGUUCAAGAUCGUCAUCAUGGAUGCCCCGUGUGACGAGAACUCGCACAUGUAUGUGCGAGAGCUCAAGCAGCUGGGGGUCACUGAUGUCGUACGAACUUGUGAGCCCACAUACUCACCCGAGCUUUUUGAAAGAGAAGGUAUUGAGGUCCAUGAAAUGACCUUCCCGGAUGGUGCAGCACCACCGGAGGAGCUAAUUCAAAAAUGGAACGGCCUGAUUUGCCAAAGAUACCGACCAAAGGACCCGGCGGACACAGGCGUCGUGGCCGUUCACUGCGUCGCUGGGCUUGGUAGGGCCCCUGUCAUGGCAGCUGUCGCUCUGAUUGAGAUGACAGCUAUGGACCCGAUGGAUGCGGUUGAAAAAAUUCGUGAAAGGCAGAAAGGUGCCAUCAAUGCAAGGCAGCUGAAAUUCCUUCAGUCCUACAAACCCAUGACCAAGCCGGGCCCAAUGGGUCCCUGCAACUGCACCGUGAUGUGA